AUGUCUUCUCACUACAACUCCCACUACUCCCUCCCCUUGCCCGUCCCCUCCCACAAGGGCCAACACUACCCAAGCUACAGCAACGCCUACUCGGUUUCGCCCCCAGAGACGGAUGAGUCGGUCAGCUCUGGCACCGGUCCUUCUUACAGCAACAGCGGCUACUCGGUCGCCAACUCCAGCUACGCCGGCAGCAACAGCGGAGACUUUGAGAGCACACACCACUCGGCGAGCGGCGUCGACUUCAACGACUACAUGCAGGACCGCUUCGCCCAGACGUUCGACCCCAUCCCCCUCGACCGCAACAUUGCGGUCCAGGCGCAGACGUCCGGAAAGCUCAACGCAAAGCACCGUGAGCUGCUGGAGCUGCAGAAGAAGGCACAGGCCCGGCUUUCAAAGACGCGCGAGCGCUUCAACGAGGGCUACCGCGACGCUCAGGACGUGCGCGCGGACCUUGAGUGGACGCAGAAGAAAGUCUCAUCACUCAAGAGCAAGACUUCUCGCAAGCACGCCAACGAGUACAACAAGGCGCGUGCUCGCUAUCCCUCGCCCGAGUACUAG